CAUUCUCAGUGCUGGCCAGAGCUUUGCCACGUGGCCAUUUUCCUGGCGGUCCCCUGCUGAGCAGCCCCCUCACAACCGUCAUAUGCGGGCUGCCCAGGGUGCUGUGGUAUCUCCGGGGUGUGUGGAGGAGCCAUGCCCACCUAGCACUGUCCAGGCUCUCGGCGAGCUCAAGAUGGCAGCACAGAGGAUCCGGGCAGCCAACUCCAGCGGCCUGCUGCGCUGCAAGUCGGAGGGGACACUCAUCGACCUCAGUGAGGGCUUCUCAGAAAGCAGCCUGUGCGACGUCAAAGUGCCUUCUCCUAGUGCCUUGCUGGUUGACAAUCCCAUGUCCUUUGGAAAUGCAAAGGAAGUAAUAGCAAUCAAAGAUUACUGUCCAACUAAUUUCACCACUUUGAAGUUCUCUAAGGGGGACCAUCUUUAUGUCUUAGACACAUCAGGAGGUGAGUGGUGGUAUGCUCACAAUACCACAGAAAUGGGUUACAUCCCUUCCUCCUACGUCCAGCCUGUAAACUACCGCAACUCUUCCUUAACGGACAGCGGGAUGAUAGACAAUCUACUGGAGAGCCCUGACGAGGGUGUCAGGGAGCUAGAUCUGCUUGGAGAAUGGACUGAUGUGAAAAGAAACUCUGUGAAAGCCCACAAUAACAACCCUUUCUUGAACGGUGUCCAGACAAACCCAUUUCUCAAUGGGAAUUUGCAGACGUUGACCAGCUCAGACAGAGAGCCCAACUCCAGAGCAUCUGUUGACUUGCUGCUCUUUGACACGGGGCCUCCUGCUUCAGCGGUUCCUAGCUCAGCUGCUAAUAGCAGCAUAGGUAACAUUUUUGAUGAAUUUCCAUCCACAAACAGGCUGGACCUGGAAGAGUCUGUGAAAAGGGACAAUCCCUUCUUCAGGAGCAAACGCUCUUACAGCUUGUCUGAGCUGUCUGUUCUGCAAGCAAAGUCGGACACUCCGGCACAGUCGGGUUUUUUCAACGGUUUAAAGUCUCCCACUCCUGAGCAAUUCCAGAGCAGGGAAGAUUUUAGGACCGCAUGGUUGAACCAUAGGAAGCUGGCCCGGUCUUGCCAUGACUUGGAUUUGCUUGGUCAAAAUCCUGGCUGGGGUCAGACACAACCAGUGGAGACCAACAUUGUCUGCAAACUGGAUAGCUCUGGUGGAGCUGUUCAGCUUCCAGACACCAACAUCAGCAUCCAUGUGCCAGAAGGUCACGUGUGCCCUGGGGAAACGCAGCAGAUCUCCAUGAAAGCUAUGCUAGAUCCACCACUGGAGCUCAACAAUGAUAAGUGCAGCACCAUCAGCCCCGUCCUGCAGAUCAAACUCAGCAACAUGGAGGUGAAAACAUUCAUCAUUUUGGAGAUGAAGGUAUCUGCAGAGGUUAAAAAUGACAUCAUGAGCAAGAGUUUGGUAAGACUGCAGUGCCUACGGAGCGACAUGAAAGAGGGGCCGUACACACCAAUGCAGCUGAGCUAUUCAUAUGGGGACACGAUACAGGUGCAGCUGGAGAACCUAGAGCCUUGCAUGUACAUCGCUGCUGUAGCUCAAGGGCAGAACAUCCUCUACCCUUACACUGUUUGGGAUUAUAUCAGCAAGAAGAUCACAGUUGGUGUUUAUGGCCCAAAACAUAUUCACCCUUCCUUUAAAACAGUUGUGGCCGUGUUUGGGCAUGAAUGUGCACCCAAGACUCUCCUAGUGAACGAGGUCACGAGGCAGUCUCACAGCCCAGCUCCAGUUGCCCUUCAGCUCUGGGGUAAGCACCAGUUUACUCUGUCCCAGCCUCAGGACCUCAAGCUCUGCAUGUUCUCCAACAUGACCAACUAUGAGGUGAAAGCUAGUGAGCAAGCCAAAAUUGUGCGAGGCUUCCAGAUGAAGCUGGGCAAGGUCAGUCGCCUUAUCUUCCCCAUUGCAUCCCAUGAUCCCAACGAGCUGUCAGAUUUCACGCUGAGGAUACAGGUCAAGGAUGACAAGGAUGCCAUUUUGACCCAGUUCUGUGUCCAGACGCCACAGCCGCCUCCUAAAAGUGCCAUCAAACCGACAGGACAGAGGCGGUUCCUCAAGAAGAACGAGGUUGGAAAGAUCAUCCUUUCACCUCUGGCUGCCACUGCCAAGUAUCCGGUUUUUCAGGACCGGCCGGUUUUGAGCUUGAAGUAUGGCAAACUGCUGAAAACAGUGGUGCGGCAAAGCAAGAAUCACUAUUUGCUGGAGUACAAGAAAGGAGAUGUCAUAGCCCUCCUCAGUGAGGAGAAGAUCAGAUUGAAGGGACAACUGUGGACAAAGGAGUGGUAUAUUGGCUACUACCAGGGCAAAAUAGGCCUUGUGCACACCAAAAAUGUGCUGGUGGUUGGAAAGGUCAAGCCCAGCUACUUCUCUGGGCCUGGUCUCACCACCAGCCUGUUGCUCGAGCAAAUCCUCAGACCCUGCAAAUUCCUAACCUACAUCUAUGCCUCCGUGAGGACUCUUCUCAUGGAGAACCUCAGCAGUUGGAGGUCCUUCGCAGAUGCAUUGGGGUAUUUGAACUUACCGCUCACAUUUUUCUGCCGAUCGGAGUUGGACAGCGAGCCAGAGCGAGUGGCCUCUGUGCUGGAGAAGCUGAAGGAAGACUGCAACAACACAGAGAACAAGGACAGGAAAUCUUUUCAGAAGGAGCUGAUGAUGGCCUUGCUGAAGAUGGACUGCCAAGGGCUGGUGGUCAGGCUUAUCCAGGACUUUGUGCUGCUCACCACGGCUGUGGAGGUGGCCCAGCGCUGGAGGGAGCUCGCUGAGAAGCUUGUCAAGGUCUCCAAGCAGCAGAUGGAUGCCUACGAGGCCCCGCACCGUGACAAAAGCGGGGUGGUGGACAGUGAGGCCAUGUGGAAGCCCGCAUAUGACUUCCUCCUCACUUGGAGCAGCCAAAUGGGCGACAGCUACCGGGACGUGAUUCAGGAGCUGCACACAGGGCUGGACAAGAUGAAGAACCCCAUCACCAAGCGUUGGAAGCAUCUCACCGGCACCCUCAUCCUCGUCAACUCCUUGGACAUGCUCCGGGCAGCUGCAUUCAGCCCACAAGACCACGAGGAUUUUGCCAUCUAGUGCAGCUCCUUGCAGUGAUGUUUUCAUCCACAUCUCACUUAUUGGUGGUAUCCGUAUUUUUCUGUGUUUUUCCCUUUUUUUUUAAACAGUCAAUUAUAAAAAGAAGAAGCGGAGAUUGCUCUCCCCGGGUUUAAAGAGGCCAAAGUUUGCAAGUUCUCAGCAGGACUGGAAAUCAGCAGGAGAUGACCCUCCUCUUGGUGAGAAGGCAUCCAGAAGGGAUGGCUUUUCAUAUGGAAUUGAUACCACUUCAACUAUUUCUUACUCAGACACUUAAAAGGAGCCAGAGGGGCAGGGAGGGAUCGCAAAAGAGAACACGUUUUUUUUUUAGGCAUUUACAAAUAAAAAAUCUGAUUUUUGUAACGAGCAGUAAAGGUUGUAACCACUUUGGGGGGAAGCUGUUGCUGUUUUGUAUGUCAUAGAGACUGCUUUUAAAUUAUCAUUUUUGAGAUGAACGCGAGCAAUGUAAAUACGUAUUUAAGACGAAGCACAGCAAUGUCCCAAUGGUUUUGAUAAAUUCCCACAGUGUAGACUGACUGUAGAGCACCGUGUGAAUUUGGGGUAUCUUCAGCCCUGCACACAACUUAAAUCAGAAGGGAGCUUUUUUGCCCCCCAUCUUACAGAAAAUAUCACCUGUUCAGUUGUUUUGUUUUUUUUUCUAUUUUAAAUGUAUCUGCAAAUGUGCAUUUUGUCAUCUGUGGGUAGGGAGGUGCUCAUGCAUGUUUGCAGAUGCACGGGUACCAUUUCUAACCAUGGGAAAGGAUGCUGCCCCUGGCUCUUGGAGCUGGGUGCUGCCCACCAUGUCUGGAAGAAGCUGGAAGUUAGGGGCUCAGUACAGCCCUGCUCCUUGCUGCCCGUGGUGGUGAGAGUGGAUCACUCUGCCAUUGCAGCAAAGUGCUUGGGUGUGUUCCUCCUACUUUGAAAUCCAUUCCAGAGCUCAGCAGAGAUGCUUGGGGCGUGUCUGGUGUCCUCAUAUUCAUUGCCAUUGAUUCCUGAGGGCUUUGAAUGGGGCUGUUUGAGGCUCCCAAACUCCAGCUGAACUUGUAAAUAUCUUUUGCAAUGACACUAGUGCCACUGAGCUGAAUAUUUGUGGUACCAAGUGCCCCGUUCUUUCCCCUCAUGUUUUAUAGCUGCCUUUUUUGGAUUACCUCCCCUCUUCCUUCUGCUCCUCAGCUUUGAAAUAUUUUACACGGGAGGGGAAUAUUUUUGCACAGAAACGUUAUUUUAGAUGCAAAGUCUCUUUAUAGCGAGGAAGAUGGAUUGUUAAGGUUGAUUUUGUUUUGUGGCCAACAGGCUGGGAUCUCAGCAGCCAGGAGCAGGAGGUGGUGACACUUGGGCUUGAUUUCUUCUCCUAGGAGGCUGCAGGUGAUAGGAGCUCCCUGGAAGAGCCAAGAGUGGGGCACUGCCCAUGGGUUUGCAGGUGCAGGCAGUGAGCGGGCAUCUGAUGGUGCUGACAGCCUCGGGAGGGAAUGUCUUCCCACAGCUUCAUUGCUUUACAUCCUCUAUUCAAAAUGACAACCCCAGAAGCAGUCUCUCCUUACAGGACCCCACCAGAAAUAAUUAGCACCUUAAUUUCUCCUCAGGGGCUUUAAGGAGUUACCUAUGCAAUGCGGCGUAGCCCAGAAAUAAAUGUGUCUGCCAGCACCUGAGCCCAUGAUGCAUUUGCUUUCUCUUUACAAGAGCAGGGCACUGUAAGAGCACAUUUUCCUCACACCAAGCAAAAACAAAUCUCCAGUGCAAUAAGGAGCAGCUCCUGCAAGAGAGAUCCAGCCUGUGCCAGCAUGGCUUUGGGCUGUUCAGAGCAGGCAAGGGCAGCCCCAGCCCUCGUAGGAAGUUUUGCUCUCUGGGGACAUCCCUAAAGAAUUUCAGCUUUUUUUUGCCCUCCCCUUGGUUUUCUAACUACCUCAGGUACUCUAUACCCAGCUUAACAUUUCAGCAGCAGCAUGAAGCUUGCUGUGCUCAGCUCCCUGACUGCUGUGAGCUGCGGUGAAACGCUCAGCACAUUUCAGGGGGACCACUGUGUUGCUUUGUCCCUCCCUCGGUCAGAAAUCCCAGCUCUCCUCACCUGCUGGGGCUGGGCUACGUCCUUCAGAUGCCUUCUGCCCGCUGUACUGAGAGCCCGUCUGGAACUGCGUCUGGGCUUUGCAUUAUUACCGCAGUUGGUGCAGUAUCUGGUUAUUGUACUUACAUUUAAUGUUCCUUUUUAAAAAAAAAUAAUAAUUUUUUUGGAGAAAAAUAUUACUAUUAAAGCUGUUGCUAUUGCAGUGCUA